ACGGUCGGGGUCGGGGCCCCGGCCCGUGGCGGCUGCUCUCUGAGAGGCCAAGCCGGACAGCUCCUCACGCCACAGUCGGGAGGGCCUUGGAGUCUUGGAUCCUUUGUCCCGCGCAGAUCCCUUGAGGGGCCCGGGGAGACUGAGGCCUAGAGAUGGGGAACGACUUGCCCGGGUCGUAGAGACCUGGGGCGCCAUCCCAGGUGUCCCCAUUCCGUCCAAGGCUCUUCCCGGCCACCCUGGCGCCUUCUCGCUCUGAGCUUCCGAACUCUCCAAGCUCCUUUGUAGUGAAAAUCACGAAUAAUCUUCCCGUUCCGAGUGGAAAAAAGCAAGGUCCCCGCCCCCCCCUCCGCCUCCGCCUGCGUUUCCAGCCGGUGUUGUGCCUGGGGGACACUGGGAGAGCUACGGCAGCGCCAGCGCCAGGGAGGACUGGGGCCGCGUCUGGCCGUGUGCGACUCCCCUGGAAUGGUCCUUCGGGCGUGGGGCCCGGUGUUUACCCCCGCCCCUGCUCAGGGAGUCAGGGGAAGUGUAGCAGAGCUGGUUCCUCAGGGUUGAAGAAAUUGUUUGGGCUACAGCUGAAGCUGUGGGUCUUCCAGUGGUGCUGCCACUUUCUAGGUUGAAUGACGAUUACUUGCUCUCUGAACCUCCGUUUUCUCAUGUAUGACACAGGUCAGCACCUUUUCUCUGGGUACUUUUCCAAAGCAAGUGAAAAUUGUGGAAGUUGGUGCCCGAGAUGGACUACAGAAUGAAAAGAAUAUUGUAUCUACUUCUACAAAAAUCAAGCUGAUAGACAUGCUUUCAGAAGCAGGACUCCCUGUUAUAGAAGCCACCAGCUUUGUGUCCCCCAAGUGGGUUCCCCAGAUGGCUGACUGUGCUGAAGUCUUGAAGGGCAUCCAGAAAUUUCCUGGCAUCAACUACCCAGUCCUGACCCCAAAUAUCAAAGGCUUCCAGGCAGCGGUUGCUGCUGGAGCGAAGGAGGUGACCAUCUUUGCAGCUGCCUCGGAGCAGUUCACCAAGAAAAACACCAAUUGCUCCAUUGAUGAGUGUUUACAGAGGUCCGACGACAUCUUCAGGGCAGCUCAGGCCGCCGGUAUCCCUGUGCGUGGGUAUGUCUCCUGUGUGCUUGGAUGCCCCUAUGAAGGCAAGAUCUCCCCGGCUAAAGUAGUUGAGGUCGCCAAGAAGAUAUACUCAAUGGGCUGCUAUGAGAUCUCCCUGGGGGACACCAUUGGUGUGGGAACCCCAGGGGUUAUGAAGGACAUGCUGUCUGCGGUCAUGCACGAGGUUCCUGUGUCUGCUCUGGCUGUCCACUGCCAUGACACCUAUGGCCAGGCCCUGGCCAACACCUUGAUGGCCUUGCAGAUGGGAGUGAGCGUGGUGGACUCUUCCGUGGCAGGACUUGGAGGCUGUCCCUAUGCACGGGGGGCAUCUGGAAACUUGGCCACUGAGGACCUUGUCUACAUGCUGUCUGGCUUGGGCAUUCACACGGGUGUGAACCUCCAGAAGCUCCUGGAAGCUGGAACCUUUAUCUGCCAAGCCCUGAACAGAAAAACCAGUUCCAAAGUGGCUCAGGCUGCCUGUAAACUGUGAAUCCCUUUGGGGGACUCUGUGGGAAUAGGGGCACACAUGAAUGAUUCGGGAAAGGGCACAUGGGAAUGAAAUGAACAGGAGCAGGCACCUGCCUGGCAGGUCUGCACCUAGGUCUCACCUGCAGAGGGGAGGUGGGAGGUAAGGGACAGGAGCUGCUUGGCCCCAGGCCCUCCCUGCCAGACCCUGGUCAGAGUCAGAAGCCUGAGCGCCUGGGGGCUCCCUGGAACCAAGUUCCCUGGUGCUGAGGCCUCAUCUCUGGGUGAAGUCGGUCAGCUAGCUACACAGCCUGACCCUGCUGUGGCCCUGGGGCUAUCGCGGAGUCCGGAGAGCACAGGGGCCUGGAGGAGUUGUUCCCAGGCUGGCAGAGGGCCUUUGCGGAAGGGCUUGAGGGCUGAGCUGCUCUGCUGACCACCUGCCAACCCUUCCAAGCGUCUUU